AUGGAAACGUUUAAGCCCCCGAGUGCAUUGAAUUUGACGGGAAACUUGCGAGAGAACUGGAGGCGAUGGAUUCAGCGAUUCGAGUUGUUUUUGACCGCGUCAGGGAAAGUCAAAGAAACGGAAAAAGUCCAUUGUGCAAUUUUACUUCAUCUCAUCGGUGAUGAAGCCCUCGAAAUCUACAACACGUUUACGUUUGGCGAGGGCGAGGAUCGUGAUAAGUUGAGCGUGUUGAAGAAAAAAUUUGAAGAUUAUGUAAAUCCUCGAAAGAAUACUGUAUUUGAACGAUAUAAAUUCUGGGAAUGCAAACAACAAGAAGGUGAAACAAUCGACCAAUUUAUAACGGAGAUGAAAACACGAGCUAAGUCAUGUGAAUUUGGUGAUCAAACGGACAGCAUGAUUCGAGAUCGUAUAGUAUUUGGGGUGAGUGAUAUUCGAUUAAAAGAACGAUUGCUUCGUGAAUCGUCUGAACUCACUCUUGAAAAAGCUGCAAGUUUGUGCCGAGCGGCGGAAGAAAGUGCGAAACAGCUCAAAGAGCUUCGGAAGCAAAAUGUUGAUCCAAGUGAACCGGAAGUUCAUGUCGUAAAGAAACCCACUCGAGGUGAGUCGCUAUUUGAUGGUAAUAGAUGUGGAACUAAGCAUGCAGUAAGAUCUUGCCCUGCAUUUGGAAAACCUUGCCACAAAUGUAAAAGAAAAAAACACUUCGCACGAAUGUGUCAAAUGUCAAGAAAUUCUUCUGUUGAUGAAGUGUCAGAAAAUACUGAGGAAGCUAACACUAGAAAUGAUCCAACACUCGAGUUAAAUAGUUUAUUUAUUGGGACCAUAACUAGCCCCACAACAAGUUCUGCAUGGUUUGUGAGUGUGGGUAUAAAUGGAACACAAGUUCGAUUUAAAAUUGACACUGGAGCUGAAGCCAAUGUGUUGCCAUCUAAUGUUUAUUCAAGUCUAAAGAUUAGUACAUCCCUGCAGAAAACUGGUGUGGUUUUAACCUCAUAUGGGAAUUUUAAAGUCAAACCGGAGGGGAAAGUUUUCCUGAGAUGUGUCGUCAAUGGUCAGUCUGAAAUGCUACCAUUCUUUGUUGUUACUGUCCAGUCAACCCCAAUACUAGGUCUGCAGGCAUGUGAGAAAUUAAACCUGGUCAAGAAAGUUAAUGAAGUGGCUCCAUCACCCUCCACUAAAGAGCACAUUAUUCAUGAUUACCCAGAGGUGUUUGAAGGGCUUGGCUCCAUGGACGGAGAAUAUCAUAUCGUUGUUGACAAGACUGUCACGCCUGUCAUCCACCCACCACGAAAGGUUCCCUACAGCAUACUGGGAAAGUUAAAAGAGAAACUUUCGCAGCUUGAAAAAAUUGGUGUUGUGCAAAAAGUUGACAAACUGACUCCAUGGGUUAACAGUCUUGUCAUAGUCGAGAAACGUGAUGGGUCUCUGCGGUUAUGUUUGGAUCCCCGUGAUCUGAAUAAGGCUAUUCAACGGGAGCAUCAUAGAAUUCACACAGCAGAGGAUAUUGCCACUCGCCUUAGUGGUAAGAACUUAUUUUCCAUAGUGGAUGAAAAAGAUGGGUUUUGGCAGAUCCACCUAGAUGAAGAAAGUUCCCAUCUCUGCACCUUCAAUACACCCUUUGGUCGCUUCCGCUUCACGAGAUUACCAUUUGGUGUGUGUUCAGCCCCUGAAGUGUUUCAGAAGAAGAAUGAAGCAUUGUUUGGUGAUAUUGAUGGUGUCGAGGUGAUAUUUGAUGACAUAAUUGUGGCAGCGCGGGAUGAAAAAGAGCAUGAUGAAAUUAUGGCAAAGCUGUUGGAAAGAGCAAAAGCAGAAAAUGUUAAAUUCAAUCCAGAAAAGCUUCAGUACAAAGUCAAAGAAGUGAAGUACAUGGGUAACAUUGUAUCUGAAUCGGUUUGA